GUCUUUCUCAGGUCACAGGAAGCAGAAACUCACAGAGAUGCAGGGAGAAGAGGAAUGUUAGGGACAGAGUGUGUAUAUGAGAGAGAGAGCGUCAGAGGAGAGUGAAAGCAAUGCGGAUCGACUGCAAAAGGAAAGCCAGACUUGUUUUUCUUGUUCCUGCAUAUCUGUAGAAGGUGGGACGUACUCAUGUAAACAGCACUGCUCAGUGCACAGACCGCGCAGCACGAGGACUGGUUUCUGAUCCUUUGGACUUAAACACUCAGGCCACACUAAAAGAUGUCGGCACCACCUCCGGUGGUCCCCAGGAAGCCUUCCGGUGUCCGAGUCAUAAAUCCCGGAGGUCGGCCUCCUUCCACUGGCCCGACCACCUACACAGAUUCUGCCAAAGAGAAUGGUGCUCACCGGGAUUCAAGCCACACAUCUCAAGUGAACGCAGAGAGAGAAGUGGAGAUUCUGAAUCACUGCUUUGACGACAUGGAGCGAUUCAUGGGGCGUCUACAGCAGGCAGCUGAGGCCCAGAGUAUCCUCACCCAACGGAAGAAGAAGAGCAGCAGGAAAAGCAAGAAAAAGGCAGGCCAGAAUGAUGAAUUGUUGACCAUGAAAGCAAAUCCUCCAUCAGAGGAGAACUUUGUGGACGUCUUCCAGAAGAUCAAGUAUUCCCUCAGCCUGCUGGAUCGCCUCAAGUCGUCCCUCUCACAGCCCGACGCACCGGCCCUGCUGCAUCACAUCUUUGUGCCUCUCAGACUGCUGGUGAACACCACUGGAGGUCCAACCUUAGGCGCAUCAGUCGUCAGUCCUGCUAUGACCAGCGGUGCCGUUUCACUGCUCCAGGAGCAUCUGACUGAGAAGGAAAAAGAACUGUGGACCUCAUUAGGAUCCAACUGGACGUCAUCCUGUUCACAUCUUAACGUGACUGUUCCUCCGUAUUCACCUGUCUUCCUGGAUGGAUGGCAGCCUCAGGCCUAUGACUCAGCUGGCCAGCUUUUCGAAGAUCCAAUCAAGAUGCAGCACAAGCAUGAGGCUUUCAGGGAAAGAAGGGAGGCUCAGACUUUACAGGACCAAGCUCGACAACAUGCUGAAGGUCCUGUUCAAGGCCCUGUUCAAUUCCCUGCACAAUUCCCUGCUCAAGGCCCUGCUCAAGGCCCUGCUCAAGGCCCUGCUCAAGGCACUGAGGAAGCAGACAGUAAUGGGCUCCCACCAGACGGUGAAAGGUUUUACUGCUGCAGUUAUGACUUUGUGGCUCGAAACAGUAGUGAACUCUCCGUGCUGCAAGGAGAAACACUGGAGGUUAUCGAAUCGUCAAAGAGAUGGUGGAAGUGUCGGAAUCGUUUUGACCAGAUAGGAUUUGUUCCCUCCAACAUCCUGGAACCUCUGUCUGCACUGAACCUAGCAGAGCGGGAGACUUCUGUGUUACGCAAGGAGUCAAAGACUGCUAUUUCCCCUCGGUCAAAGUACUUCUCAUAUCAUCCGUCAAGCUUGGAUGGGGGAAGUCCCACCGCUAUAAGCCCGACACUGCGCCCUCAGAGCAUGGUCUUACCAUCUACAACACUGGGAGAAGACAAUGGAAGAGUCCUGAUCAUGAAUGAUGAGCUUCUGCAGAGGAUAGCUGGGAGGAAAGCCUCAGGCCGUCCACCGGUGGUUCCCCGCGCGGCUGACACUGCUGCACCUCUCAACUACCACUCACCACCUGCAGAGGUGGAAGCCUGGCUCAACGCCAAGGGCUUCAGUCAGCCGACAAUUCAGAAUCUGGGCAUUUUAACUGGAGCACAGCUGUUCUCCCUGAAUAAAGAGGAGCUCGGAAUAGUGUCGCCAGAGGAGGGCGCCAGAGUUUACAGCCAGAUAUUAGUACAGAAGGCACUUCUCGAGGAUGUUCGCAAAGCAUCAGAAUUAGAGGCGGCGAUGGAGAAGCAAAAGCAGAAGAUUGGCCUGAAAUCCUAGAGUGGUGCAUUUUGACUGAGCUUUCCACAUCCAGUGAAACGGACACAAAUGUAGUGUUGCUUGUACAGCUAUAGUGGCUCAUAUGUGGUGUUGUAUCGCUGCAACAAAAAUAAAAACCCUAUCACUCCCCUUAUAUCCACUUUAUUCCUGGGAGUGGAACCUCCAGAGCAGAACAGCGCCUGCGACAAAUUACGCGGCUUCAGGAUCGUGCUGUUCCUGCAAUGCACGAGCAUGAGUUUGAAUAUCGCCCGAUGUUGAAACUAAAACUCCUAGUGAAAUAUAAAGUAUAAUGUUAACCGACAAUGUGCGUAAAGACAUUGUUGUUUGUUGCAAACAGAUGCAGCAAAUACAAUUUCUGUUGUGACAUUUUUUUGGUGAGAUAUUUUGAUUUCAACUGUGGUUUCACUUCAUGAAUGAAUGCACAAUAUGGAAACAUAAGGGAUACACUGCUGCGGCUGUAUAAAUUUCAAUUAAAAUAAAUUGUGUGUUUCUAUAAAAUCGA